AUAAUAAAUAUUUACAUACGACCCCGAACUGCGGGUGUUUAUUUUCAUUAUCUAAAAAAUAUUUUAUUCUCCUAACGAAUGUUAUCAGUGUGAUGUAAUUAAGUUCUCGCGUAAUUAACGAUUCAAGAAGUAAAUUGUUUAUCGUGUUUGUCACAUUUUUCCGGCCUUAGCGGCAUUGCGACGUCGGGUUUGUAGAAUAUUCAAAAAUGGUUAAAGCGGUGGCAGUGAUAACUGUCAGUGAUACUUGCUUUAAAGAUCACUCAAAAGAUACCUCGGGGCCCACCCUCGCAAAUCUUGCAAGAAAAUCAUUUCCUGAAGCGAACAUACACACACUCAUCAUCCCUGAUGAGAAGGAGCUUAUUGAACGGGAGCUAAAGUACUACUGUGAUUCAAAUGUUGAGCUAGUACUGACCACCGGAGGCACCGGCCUUGCCCACAGAGAUGUCACCCCAGAAGCUACGAAGGCUGUCAUUCAAAAAGAUGUCCCAGCGAUUACUGCAGCCAUUACAAUCGAAAGUCUUAAAAAAACACCAAUGGCAAUGCUAUCUCGGUCCGUAGCAGGGAUAAGAGACAAGACCCUCAUAAUAAAUUUUCCGGGCAGUAAGAAAGCUGUAACAGAAUGUUUCGAAGUGGUACAUCCUGUAUUAUCUCAUGCUAUAUCGCUGCUCCAAAAUGAUCUGAGUGAAGUGAGGACUAUUCACGAUUCCAUGCAAUUUGGCAACACCUGUCCCCAUCACAGUAAUGUGGAUAUUAGUAAAGUGGCAUUAAGACCCCGGGAGUCACCGUUCCCCAUGUUGGAAAUGUCCGAAGCAUGGGAACUAGUAAACAGCAUAAUGGAGCAGUGGCCUGAACACUUUGAAAUGGUUUCUCUAGAGGAGGGACUGGGAAGAGUGGUAGCACAACCAUUACGUGCUAUGGAACCUAUGCCGCCUUUUGAAGCUUCAGUAAAAGAUGGCUACGCAUGUAUCAGCUCAGACGGGGCGGGCGUGCGGCGCGUGCGCGCGGCGCUGACGGCGGGCGAGGCGCCGACGACGCCGCUGCUGGCCGGCGAGUGCGCGCGGAUCAACACCGGCGCCGCGCUGCCCUCGGGCGCCGACUGCGUGGUUCAGGUGGAAGAUACAAAGCUAGUAUCAGCUACUGAAGAUGGCAGUACCGAGUUGGAGGUGGAAAUAAUGGUAGCGCCGUCAGCACAGCAAGACGUCCGCCCCAUCGGUUCCGAUGUGCCCAUGGGAACUGUUUUGGUUUCUAAAGGUGACGUAUUGGAUGCAGCUCAAAUCGGUGUACUGGCUGGAGCAGGCUACCAGAAUGUCACUGUACGAGGAUAUCCAAAGGUGGCGCUAAUGUCGACGGGUAACGAACUGCAGGAGCCGUCGGAGACGAAAUUGAGACCGGCGCAUAUCAGGGACUCCAACAGAACCAUGCUCAAAACUUUGCUGAGAGAGCACGGCUACGAGAGCAUAGACUGCGGCAUCGUCCGCGACUCGCCGGAACAGUUAGCGGGCGCGUUAGCCGCAGCCCUGCGCGCCGCCGACGUGCUCGUGUGCUCCGGCGGCGUGUCCAUGGGCGAGCGGGACCUGCUCAAGCCCGUGCUGCUUAAGGACUUCAAUGCGACCAUUCAUUUCGGUAGAGUGCGGAUGAAGCCUGGCAAGCCCACAACGUUUGCUACGUGUGAAUUCGAAGGAAAAACCAAAUACAUAUUCGCAUUGCCAGGUAACCCCGUAUCAGCCUACGUAUGCUGCCUGCUAUUCGUGAUUCGCGCGUUACGCGUGUGCUGCGGCCGGCCCGCGCCCUCGCCGCGUAUGCGCGUGCGCCUCGCACACGCGGUCACGCUCGACCCGCGUCCUGAAUACGCGCGCGCUACGCUUAAGUUCCCGGAGAGCGACGACUUGCCUAUGGCCUCGCUGCUGGGCAGCCAGUGCAGCAGCCGGCUUCUAAGCGCGUGCGGCGCGAGCGUACUAGUCCAGUUGCCGGGCGCUUCCGACGCGACCCGCGCGCUGCCCGCCGGCGCCACCCUCUCGGCUCUUAUCACCGGCCGCCUGGAUGUACUGUCUUCUUAGCUCUAACGGUCUACGAAAUAACGCUCUGGACCUCCGCUAAAACUAGCCCGGGCGAAAAAUAGGUAUAUUCCUCUUUGAUCACCCACAUUGGCGUAUCUAGGCUUCUUUUUUAGGGGUCGCCAUCAUCCUUCACCAAGCCAUUCCGAGGGGGAGAUAAACGCGCGAGUUUUAGCGGAGGCCCUCAAAGAUCUAAUAGUUUCCACUCAAUGGCGGCUUUGAAAUUAGUUAGCAUCUAUUACUUUAACUUUUCGUGAAGCGUUAGAAAUAAGUGAUACCAAAGUU